GUCCAAGUACUUUAAACUGAACAUUCUCUUUAGAAUCAAGUUGAUAGAACAUAAUUGAAAUCAAACAAGCAAGCAAACUUAUUUUUUUUUUGCAAGCAAACAAGCAAGCAAAUUUUCGGGAUCAUAACACAAACAAUUCAAGAUUAAUACUGGAAUUGCAAAUAAAGAAGGAAAAUAGAAGACGAACUAAUCAAAGAAGUACGGAAUUGAAAGAUGUUACAAAGGGCUGCAAGUAAUGCAUAUUCAUGGUGGUGGGCUAGCCAUAUUCGUACCAAACAGUCGAAAUGGCUUGAGCAAAGCCUUCAAGAUAUGGAAGACCAUGUUGCCAAAGCCAUGAACAUUGUUCAAAAAGAUGGGGAUUCCUUUGCCAAAAGGGCAGAAAUGUAUUACAAAUACCGACCGGAGCUCAUAGCCUUCAUCGAGGAGAGUGUCAGGGCAUAUCGCGCAUUAGCAGAAAGAUACGAUAAACUUUCUACCGAUUUGCAAAAAGCAAACACCACUAUUGCUUCGGUUUUCCCAGAUCAAAUUCCCUAUGACACAGACUAUGAGGAUGAUGACCAUGAUAACAAUGGUCUCAAAAUCCCAAAAAACAUAAGCCCAGAUCCACCAAAAGCCCCAAAGGUUCCACAAAGAAAAGACUUAAAGAGUUUCUUAACUGAGGGCCACAAGAAGAACCUACCAAAGACGGAACGCCCAAAACAUUUUAAGAAAGCUGGUUUAACCAAAGAAGAGGCCGUGGAAGAAAUCGAUAACCUUCAAAAGGAUAUUCUUUCAAUGCAAACCGUCAAGGAGUUCAUCAAGAGCUCCUAUGAAAAUGGGCUUGCUAACUUUUCAGAAAUUGAGAACAAGAUCGUUAAAUGGCAACAAAGAGUUUGCGAUUUACAAGAUGAGUUCAAUGUAGUGAAAGGUAUUGAAGAUGAUGAUGCCCGUGUUAUAAUGGCGGCGGCUGCAUUGAAAGCGUGUGAAGAGACUUUGUCUAAUUUACAAGCAAAACACGAUAAGUCAAGUGAAGAUGCAAGAUUGGAGAAUGAAAGGAUUCAAACUACUAAGAAGAAACUCCAGGUGAUUAAACACAAGUACUUAUUGGAAAGAAAUAAUGAAAAACAAGAUAAAGUGCUUGAAAACAACCCGUGCAACUUAAUUGUAAAUGAGCAAGAGGAGUCACAAGAAAAUAUCAAAGAAACGUCAGAUGAGCUUUCGGAGAAAUCCUGGACAGUUACAGAAAUGGCAGAUACGAUUGACAAGCUAGUGAGCAAAGUGCUUAGCUUAGAGACAUUGGUUUCGUUACAAACUGGUACCAUUGACAGGUUAAGAAUAGAAACAGAUGAUCUUCAGUCGCAGAUUCAGAAUCUGGAAGAAGAUAAAGCUAAUCUGAUUGACGGAAAGAAUAAUUUGACAAAAGGUUUCAUUGAAAUGGAGAAAAAACUGGAUGGAGUACAAGAGUUAGGCAUGAGCAUUCACAACCAAAUUAAAAGUCUCACGAUGCAGUUCACUGAAACCCAUUACAAUGUUAAGCAUCUGUCCGAGAAUGUUCAUAAUGUGAAGUCCGAUGAAGAAGUCAACCUAAAAGAAUAUCUCAUGAAUGGUGAAGAGAUGAUGCUAAGAAGUUCCUCCGCAGAAUGUGAAACUUCAACUAAUGACAGAACCAGAACUCCCGAUCAAGGAUAUCCAGCAUACGACAUCGGUGACUCAAUGUCUAAAGAGCAUGUGGAAGAUAAAUAUAUCCCUUGCAUGAAUGAUAAUGUUAUAAAUGAAAAGAUCACCAAGGAAACAACAAAGGUUGUGGUCGGGGAGAAAAAAGAAGACAACAACACCAUUGGAAACAUUGGUGAAGUUAUAGUCGACGGUGAUCUUAAAUCAAAAAACCUGGAGGAAGAAGCCAAUGAGGACAUAAACUGGCAACAACUUUUGUUGGGUGGUUUAAAUGACAAGGAAAAGAUUCUUUUACAAGAGUACACUUGUAUCUUAAGGAAGUACAAAACUACGAAAAAAGAACUUGCAGAAGAAGAGCAGAAAAACCAAGGAGUUGUGGAUGAAAUGAAACUACAAGUGCAAGACCUGAAAACACUUCUAGCCAAUAGGGACACUCAAAUUCAACAAAUGAAACGAAAACUCACACUUCUUCAGAAAGAUGGAAGUAGAGUUGAGAUGUUAGCCGAUAAACAAGAAAUACUGAAUGAUGAGGAUGACAUGAAGUCCAUCCUUAUCGACAAAUCUGAACCAUUUUCAGAAAUAGAAGAGAAACUAAGAACUAAUAUCGAUGCACUACUUGAUGAAAAUCUUAAUUUCUGGUUGCGAUUUAGCUGUAAAUUUCAUCAAGUGCAGAAAUUCAAGACUGAGGUAGAAAAUCUACUUCAAGAGAUUAUCAAAGUCAAAGCUAAAAGAAGUGAGGGGAAAUCAAGCAUGCAAUCAGAAAUCAAUGCAAUAUACAAACACAUUAAAGAAAUACAAAAUGAACUCAUGAUAUGGUUAGACCAAAGUGCACUACUGAAGAACGAACUACAAAGACGAUGCUCAUCAUUAUCCAACAUCCAGGAGGAAAUAACAACAGCUUUGAGGGAUGGUGUUGAAGAGGAAAAAAUUACGUUUAGUACACAUCAGGCUGCAAAGUUUCAAGGUGAGGUAUUAAACAUGCAACAAGAAAAUAGCAAAGUUAACCAAGAACUUGAAGCAGGGUUAGACCAUAUAGCCACAUUACAAGUCAAGACAGAGAAAACUCUGAAAAGAUUAGAGGAGGAAUUUGGUCUAUCUGAUGAUCAGAAACAACCACGGUCACCACACCGUGUACAUGUUCCCUUGCGCUCUUUCAUUUUCGGGGUUAAAUCAAAGAAGCAAAAGCCAUCCAUUAUGGCAUGUAUAACCCCUCAUAGGAAACUUACCGCAUCGGACAGUGGCAUUCUUUAAUUUUUGAUAUUACUUUUGUGAUUCUCAUAGUUAUUUGAUUAUAAAUGCAUUGUAGCAUAUACAAUUCUAAACUUUUUCAUAAAGAUAUAUGCAAGAUAAUUUAAAGAUGAGUUACAAGUUUUCAAUUUUCAAAGUAAA